AUGAAGCUUAAAUAUUGGAUUUCGGGUGUGCUCGUGCUCGCAGAAGCGGCCCUAUGCGAGAGUCGGAAGACCUCUGCCACCUCAACCGCCCCACCCCAGUUUACAAAUGCCCUCGGUGAUUUUAAUCGUGCCUUAGACCCAUCUGCAGUUAGUCCUUACAAUCCAGAGCAGCGGUCGAAGCUUGACGUCUGGAAGCGAAGCGCCAUUACCCCUCGCCAAGAUGACGACCUUGCCCCGACUAACUCCAAAUUUGACCGCUGGCUUCGGCCUCCCGAAGGGCCCCACCAGGUAUUUGGGUGCAUAAAUAAGGGAAACAUGGAAGGACUUUCAACGGUCGAAAUGAAGAAAACGGGACGCUAUCUUAUGUGGCAGUUAGAGAAAAGUUUCUUGGCGUUCAAGACACAAUCAACUGACUCUGAGAAUCCAUGCUUUCCGGUAUUUUGCUACGAAGAGUUUAAUGCUACCGUUGCGAUGUGUAACAAACGGUCGGAUAUGGCGAAUACGAUCACUAUACACGGCUAUGAAAUCGGAAGAUUGGUGUGGGAGAUGGGUGUGGCGGUAGGUUUUGAUUACAGGCAUCUUAUCCAACCUUGGGAGGGCUCAAAACGAAUCUGUGAAAAUCCAGAAUCGGAAGAGAACGGGAAGCUGCUUACUGGGAGCUACGUUGCUUGGACUGGCUGGUCAGAGGAUGAAUGGGAGGUUACUAUUUCUAAAGACGCCGAUGGGUGCAGGAAAUGGCGUGGAAAUCCGAACUGGGUGACCACUGGCAAAGGGAUGAUUCCGGAAGAGCUUCCUUUAGAUAUUUUUUAA